AUGGCUAGGACCAAGCAGACAGCUCGCAAGUCCACCGGCGGCAAGGCGCCACGUAAGCAGCUGGCAACUAAGGCGGCCCGCAAGAGCGCACCGGCCACGGGCGGCGUGAAGAAGCCGCACCGCUACCGGCCCGGCACGGUGGCCCUGCGCGAGAUCCGCCGCUACCAGAAGUCCACGGAGCUGCUGAUCCGCAAGCUGCCGUUCCAGCGCCUGGUGCGCGAGAUCGCGCAGGACUUCAAGACUGACCUGCGCUUCCAGAGCUCGGCCGUGAUGGCGCUGCAGGAGGCGUGCGAGGCCUAUCUGGUGGGGCUCUUCGAGGACACCAACUUGUGUGCUAUCCACGCCAAGCGUGUCACUAUUAUGCCCAAGGAUAUCCAGCUUGCGCGCCGCAUCCGCGGGGAGAGGGCAUAA